AUGGCAUUAGCGCAAAAGCAAGACCAGCCAAAUACCCAAACUUAUUCACGCGGCUUGCUGAAACCGUCUAAUCAUUCUUCCAAGACUCUUCAACUGAGGUUGACAUUCGGGUCUGGGGACCAAGACAUUCUACCCAUAAUACAUACCAGAGACAAUUGGUCAGGAGGGUUAGAUUUGACUUUCCCAAGUAGAGAAAGCCUCCAGGUAUGCAUUGGCUGGAAUUCGCGCGGAAGUAAAGACAUAUUCGGGGUCGACAGAGAGACGAUUAUCCGCGAGACCACUACAGGCUGGGACUGGUUUUAUAGUGAUAUAGGGACCAGGUUCCGUGGAAAGCAACAAAUUCUCCCUAUUACCGAAGAUAUAGCAAAUACUUAUUUACCCAGCAAGGAGAUGCCGAAGACAACUGUGUUAAUCGGCCCAUCAGAUGCCCAAAGCACGUUCUUGUUAGGACGCGGUGAAUCAUUUGACUUCUCUUCUGCAUGGCCUUCUACAGAAUCCAUUGCUAUAAAACAGGAGGCAGAAGAAGUAUCCGCCUCACAGGCAAAUGAGCGGGCUCCAGACGUGCCUAACCGAGUUAAAGCCCGGGAAGGUUGGAUCGUAAACCUCGGGAAUAAAAUUCAAUGUCUCAGCUGGGCUCCUAAUCGCGAAGGGAGCUCUCAAUUCCUGGCCAUUGUAGCUCCUAUAUUCGACAGUCAGAAAGCACAGUUCGAUGAUGGAAAUAUCAGAGGUGCCCCUGCAUUCACCCCUUCGCCGCUAUAUCCUGCAGCAAUCCAAAUUUGGAGAUUUGAAGCCAGGGAUCCCAAGAGUGGACUUCGGAAACUGGACAUGAAUAAACCCCCAUGCUUGCAUAUGGUCAUCUGCACGGAAUUUGGCACAAUAAACCGCCUUUGCUGGUGCCCUAUUUCUGUCAACCGCGAUUCAGAUGAUAGAAAUGAUACUAAGACCACGAGACCCGCCCUCCUAGCAGGGCUUUGGAGCGAUGGUACUGUCAAGGUCUUCAAUGUUGACUUAAGCGACAGCAAAAGUGAAACCACGUACGGUAUGUACAGCAUGUUUUAUAGUUCUCCUCAACUGUACCUAUCUAACUGUCUUAUCAGUCCACCUAAAAACACCAGCUUUCCAAGUCAAACCCCCAUCGACAGUGUGUACUUGCUUCACCUGGCUGUCUCCCACAGAUAUAGCUAUAGGAUGUGCAAACGGGUUUAUUGGUAUAUGGAGUUUAGUCCAGUCGGCUCGAAGAGAAUCACUUGCCUACCCUGA